AUGGGUAUUCUGCAAACGGUUUUCAAGGCCGAUGAGCAGAUCCAAGGCUCGAAGUUUCGGGCUAUUUUCGUCGGGCUAUUCGUAGCAUUCGGCGGUAUUCUUUUCGGCUACGACACAGGAACCAUCUCCGGUGUGCUCGCGAUGAGCUACGUGAAAGAGCAUUUCACUUCAAAGGGCCACUUCACUGCCAACGAAACUUCGUUGAUUACUGCCAUUCUUUCUGCCGGUACCUUUUGCGGUGCCAUGCUUGCUCCAUUGGCAUCUGACAAUCUGGGUCGUAGACUGGGUCUCAUGACAUCGUGCAUUAUCUUUACCGUGGGCGUCGUGUUGCAGGUGGCAGCAACAGAACAAAACCUGUUGAUCGUGGGUAGAGUCAUUGCCGGCCUCGGCGUUGGUGUUUUGUCUGCAAUUGUACCGCUAUACCAGGCUGAAGCGUCUCCCAAGUGGAUCAGAGGUGCCGUUACUUCGUGCUACCAGUGGGCCAUCACCAUCGGCCUUUUGCUCGCCGCAUGUGUCAACCAGGGAACGCACGCCAGAAACGACAGUGGCUCUUACAGAAUUCCUAUCGCCAUUCAACUUUUGUGGGCGGUGAUCCUUUUUGGCGGUAUGUGCGUUUUGCCCGAAUCUCCCAGAUUUUACAUCAUGAAGAACAAAGUGCCCGAGGCUAGAGAAGCAUUGGCCAAACUCCGGGGUUUGUCACAGGAAGACGAAAUCAUCGAAGCUGAACUCGAGGAAAUUGUCGCCAAUUAUAACUUCGAAAGAUCGCUCGGUUCCACCUCACUCUUCGACUGUUUCAAGCCCGCGAACCACCAAUUGAAGCGUAUUUUCAUCGGUAUUGCCAUUCAAGCACUCCAACAGCUCACUGGUAUCAACUUCAUUUUCUACUACGGAACUCAAUUUUUCCAAAACUCUGGUAUCAACAACCCCUUCAUCAUCCAAUUGAUCAUGAACGUUGUGAACGUUGUCAUGACCAUCCCAGGUAUCGCUUUGGUGGAAAUUGCUGGAAGAAGAAACCUGUUGCUGUACGGUGCCGUGGGUAUGUGUGUGAGUGAAUUCAUUGUUGCUGCGGUCGGCACUGCUCUUCCUGACAGCUUCUCUGCCAACAAGACUUUGAUUGCCUUUUCUUGCACGUUCAUUGCGUCUUUUGCAGCUACUUGGGGUCCACUUGCCUGGGUCGUCGUUGGUGAAAUCUAUCCAUUGAGAGUCAGAGCCAAGUCUGUUGCCGUGUGUGCCGCUUCCAACUGGCUCUUCAACUUUGCCAUUGCAUACGCUACUCCAUACUUGGUCGACAGUGACCAUGCCAAUCUACAAUCCAAGGUGUUCUUUAUCUGGGGAGGAUGCACAUUCUUGUGCUUCCUAUUCGUCUACUUUUUCGUCUACGAGACCAAGGGCCUAACGCUCGAGCAAAUCGACGAGUUGUUUGAGACUUGCCCAAGCGCACGUCAUUCCAAGAAUUUCGUACCAUCGGAAGGCUUUGCUGCUCACAACACUUCCAUGACACCCGAUGUCGACAAGGCCAUGGUUGUGACUUUUGAAAAGGUUUGA